UGGUAUUUAAAAUGGAAGAGGAUACAGAUUUUAGAGUCAGGUUUGGUUCUUUGUAUUUCAUCACUGAUCAUGUUGGCUUUCAAGGCACUAUCAAAAACUCACCAAGUGAUUUUAUUGUUACUGAGAUUGAUGAACAUGGGCAAUUAGUAAAUAAAGACACUGAUGAACUAAUUUAUAAGGUUGAUGAAGUAUUAUCUGAGCCAAAUUCUAUUGCCAAAAAAAGAAAACAAAAUCCUCAAAAUAUAUUCAUUGAAAAGAGAACAAACAAAGACUUUAAUUCUUUGACUGGGUGCUCUGACAAUAACCAGAAUCAUCAGUUUGAUUUAGAAAAAGAAGAUACUCCCAGUGACAAAGCUUCCAAAGACAAAGAAGAGAAAGUUGAUAUGUUAGGCUCCUUGUUAAAUGAAAGAACUUAUGAAUUACUGAGUCAGUUUGCUUGUGAAAUAAAAGAGAAUUGGAAUUCUCAAACUGAGUACAUUGGACCAUCUCCUGAACUCUCAUUAGGUAGAAUCCUUGACAAAAAUCAAAGGAGUAGUCUGCAUUGUGCUGUUAGGCAGAAAUUUCCUUUUUUAAUUACUGUAGGCAGAAAUAGUGAGAUUUUUGUAAAACCAAAUCUUGAUUGUAAAGAAUUUUGUCACUUGGUAUCUGAAGAAGAAGCAUUUGGCUUUUUUAAAUAUUUGGAUCUAAAGAAAGAAAAUUCCAAAUUUUCCUUUAAACCUGACGCAAACAAAGACCACAGAAGAGCUGUACAUCAUUUUGUCAACAAAAAGUUUGGAAAUCUCGUGGAAACCAAAUCUUUCUCUGAACUGAAUUCUAAUGCCGGUAAUCCAAGGGUAGUGAUAACAGUAAGGUUUCGUGAAAAAGCACACAAGUACAGGAAAAGAUCUCUGGAAUCUUUUAUUAAAUCCAGAAUUAUUUUUGUUCCAGCAUUUACCCUACGAAAGGAAAAUCUGGAAAUGUUUGAAGCAAUUGGUUUUUUAGCUGUCAAACUUGGUGUGAUUCCUUCAGAUUUUAGUUAUGCCGGCCUAAAAGACAAGAAAGCCAUUACUUAUCAAGCAAUGGUUGUUAAAAAAGUAUCUCCAGAGAGGUUAAAGAAUAUUGAAAAAGAAAUAGAAAAGAAGAGAAUUAAAGUGUUUAACAUACGGUCUGUGAAAAAUUCCCUUAGACUUGGACAGCUCAAAGGCAAUCACUUUGAUAUUGUCAUUAGAAAUUUAAAAAGCCAAGUUAAUGAUACUGUAAACCUGAGAGAGAGAAUUUGGGAGGCCAUAGAAAAUGUUAAGAAUAAAGGGUUUGUGAAUUACUAUGGACCACAGAGAUUCGGGAUGGGAAGGAAAAUCCACACUGACCUAAUUGGAUUGGCUUUGCUGAAGAAUGAAAUGGUGAAGGCGGUAAAAUUAUUUCUUACACCAGAAGAUUUGGAUGAUCCUGUAAAUAGAGCAAAGAAGUAUUUUCUUCAAACUGAGGAUGCUAAAGGCACACUUGCACUGAUGCCUGAAUUCAAAGUUCAAGAGAGAGCUUUGCUGGAGUCAUUGCAUCGCUUUGGCAUGACAGAAGAAGGUUGUAUCCAGGCGUGGUUCUCUUUUCCUCAUUCUAUGCGCAUAUUCUACAUCCAUGCUUAUAGCAGCAAAAUUUGGAAUGAUGCAGUAUCUUAUAGACUUGCCACAUAUGGAUCAAGAGUAGUGGCAGGUGAUUUGGUCUGUUUGGAUGAAGAUACUAAGGAUGAGAAUUUCAUAAAUAAUAAAAUUCAUCUGGUAACAGAAGAAGAGGCAUCAGCUAAUACAUAUGGAAUACAUCAGGUGGUUCUUCCAGUGCUUGGAUACAAUAAUCAAUACCCAAGGAACAAAGUAGGACAAUGGUACCAGGAAACACUUAACAGAGAUGGACUACAGACAUGUAGGUUCAGAGUACCUGCUCUGAAAAUGAAUGUUCCAGGAUGCUAUAGACAGAUUUUGAAACAACCUCAUAAUCUCUCAUUUGAAUUAAUGGAAGAAAGUGAGACUAAUGUCAAAAAAGAUGGUUCCCACAUCACUGAAGCAACUUUAUCUCUUUUGAUCUCUUUUGAUCUUGAUGCUUCAUGUUAUGCUACAGUUUGCCUGAGGGAAAUAAUGAAGCAUGACUUUUGAAGUU